UGCCAUCCACUUUACCUUUAAAAUGUUUAUAGAAAAGUGAAAGAACUUGAUGAAAAUAUUUUUCUUUUUACAACCUGCUUUGUGAUCUAACAGUACCUUAAUUGUUAGUUUUAUAAUUAACCCAUUAGAAUUUGGUUCUCAUAUUAUUGUAGAGAAUGGAUAAUAUGGUAGAUAAUUGAGUUUAUAAUCAGACGUAUUCCUCUGGUUCGUAUCCAAAGGAACGAUCAAGAAUUAAGUUAUUCUAUCCUUUUAUAAUGUGUCACCAAUAGGUGGUGCAAUUACUGAUGCAACAUGGAGCUGAUCCCUAUGAAAAGAAUAAUUUUGGCAACUGCGCAAUGGAUUUAGCUGUGGGUGACGACAUGAAGAGUUUAAUCAAAAUCCAUCCACAAAGGAGAAAAGUUACAGUCAAAGUUGGAGGUAACCAAAAGCUUAUAAGAAACAUGGCUUUAAAAAAUACAGUGGACAAUAAGAAGCUUGAGGUUCGCAAGAAUGAUAAAAUGGCUACUAGGAGUGGUCAUGUUCUUGACAUAUCAGCAUCCCUUAAGAGAAAAACAGAAAGUACCCAUCAAUCCAAAAGUGAUGUACAACCCAACAAAAAGACUCAAAGCACAGGGACUAAGUGCAAUAUAAAUGAAAAUCAGCCAAAGCAUAUUGAUGUGGAGCAACCCCAGGGAAAACCUGUAACUCAUGACAUGGUGGAGACACGGGCCCAGUUUGCUACUCAUUCUGGACAAGAAAUCACACAAUCCGACUUUUUUGGAAUUCAGAGCAAAUCUGCCUCUACAACUGUGAACGAGGCUGUGACCAAGCCUGCUGUUAGCAGUGUCAGUUUACAGCAUUCUGUAGUCAUUGGUAAUACAACUGUACCUCAAACAUCGCUGAUACAGGCUGCAAAAUCUAGAAAUUCAAUUAGCGACUUUACUGUCAAAACUGAAGACAAUUCAGUUACAUUCAAAUAUUGCCAAAGUGUUUUGUUCAUCUGUCACACUAAAGGAAGCAACAUCGAGAGGCUGGUUUGCAAGGAUGAUAAAAUGGCUACUAUGAGUAGUCAUGUUCUUGACAUAUCAGCAUCCCAUAAGAAAGAAACAGAAAGCACCCAUCAAGCCAAAAGUGAUGUUCAACCCAAGAAAAAGACUCAAAGCACAGGGACUAAGCGCAAUAUAAAUAAAAAUCAGCCAAAGAAUAUUGAUGUGGACCAACCCCAGAGAAGACUGGGGCCCAGGAGCCGUUGGAGCAAGAGGAGGAGUUUCCGGGCGGUUUGCAAGAAUGAUAAAACGGCAAUUGUGAGUAGACAAAAUCUUGGCACAGCAGAAUCCGUCAAGAGAAAAACAGAAAGCACCCAUCAAGCCCAAAGUGAUGCACAACCCAACAAAAAGACGCAAAGCACAGGAACUAAGCGCAAUGUAAAUAAAAAUCAGCCAAAGCAUAUUGAUGUGGAGCAACCCCAGGGAAAACAUGUAACUCAUGACAUGGUAGAGUCACAGGCCCAGUUUGCUACUCAUUCUGGACAGGAAUUCGCACAAUCUGACUAUUUUGAAAUUCAGACCAAAUCUGCCUCUACAACUGUGAAUGAGGCUGUGACCAAACCUGCUGGUAGCAAUGUCAGUUUACAGGAUCCUGUAGUCAUUGGUAAUACAAAUGUACCUCAAACAUCGCAGAGACUGUCUACAAGAUCUAGAAAUUCAAUUAGCCGGUUUACUGAGGAGAAUUCAGCUCCAUUCAAACAAUGCCAGAGUGUUUUGCCUAUCUCUCACGCUGAAGGAAGCAACAUCGAGAGGCUGGUUUGCAAGAAUGAUAAAAUGGCUACUAUGAGUAGUCAUGUUCUUGACAUAUCAGCAUCCCUUAAGAGAAAAACAGAGAGCACCCAUCAAUCCAAAAGUGAUGUACAACCCAAGAAAAAGACUCAAAGCACAGGGACUAAGCGCAAUAUAAAUAAAAAUCAGCCAAAGAAUAUUGAUGUGGAGCAACCCCAGAGAAGACUGGGGCCCAGGAGCCGUUGGAGCAAGAGGAGGAGUUUCCGGGCGGUUUGCAAGAAUGAUAAAACGGCAAUUGUGAGUAGACAAAAUCUUGGCACAGCAGAAUCCGUCAAGAGAAAAACAGAAAGCACCCAUCAAGCCCAAAGUGAUGCACAACCCAACAAAAAGACUCAAACCACAGGGACUAAGCGCAAUGUAAAUAAAAAUCAGCCAAAGCAUAUUGAUGUGGAGCAACCCCAAGGAAAACCUGUAACUCAUGACAUGGUGGAGUCACAGGCCCAGUUUGCUACUCAUUCUGGACAAGAAAUCGCACAAUCUGACUUUUUUGAAAUUCAGACCAAAUCUGCCUCUACAACUGUGAACGAGGUUGUGCCCAAGCCUGCUGGUAGCAAUGUCAGUUUACAGGAUCCUGUAGUCAUUGGUAAUACAACUGUACCUCAAACAUCGCAGAGACUGUCUACAAGAUCUAGAAAUACAAUUAUCAGGUUUACUGAGGAGAAUUCAGCUACAUUCAAACAAUGCCACAGUGUUUUGCCUAUCUCUCACGCUGAAGGAAGCAACAUCGAGAGGCUGGUUUGCAAGAAUGAUAAAAUGGCUACUAUGAGUAGUCAUGUUCUUGACAUAUCAGCAUCCCUUAAGAGAAAAACAGAAAGCACCCAUCAAGCCAAAAGUGGUGCACAACCCAAGAAAAAGACUCAAAGCACAGGGACUAAGCGCAAUAUAAAUAAAAAUCAGCCAAAGAAUAUUGAUGUGGAGCAACCCCAGAGAAGACCUAAAACUCUUGACAUGGUGGAGUUACAGGCUCAGUUUGCUACUCAUUCUGGACAAGAAAUCACACAAUCCAACUCUUUUGAAAUUCAGAGCAAAUCUGCCUCGACAACUGUGAACGAGAUUGUGACCAAACCUGCCAGCGUUGGUUUUCAGAAUCCUGUAGUCAUUGGGAAUACAACUGUACCUCAAACAUCGCUGAAACAGUCUGGAAGAACUAGAAAUUCAUUUAGUGGGUUUACUGUCCAAGCUGAGGACAAUUCAGCUAGAUCCAAACAAUGCCAAAGUGUUUUGCCUACCUCUCACCCUGAAGGAAGCAACAUCGAGGGGCUGGUUUGCAAGAAUGAUAAAACGGCAAUUGUGAGUAGACAAAAUCUUGGCAGAGCAGAAUCCGUCAAGAGAAAAGCAGAAAGCACCCAUCAAGCUAAAAGUGAUGCACAACCCAACAAAAAGACUCAAAGCACAGGGACUAAGCGCAAUGUAAAUAAAAAUCAGCCAAAGCAUAUUGAUGUGGAGCAACCCCAGGGAAAACCUGUAACUCGUGACAUGGUGGAGUCACAGGCCCAGUUUGCUACUCAUUCUGUGAACGAGGCUGUGACCAAACCUGCUGAGACUGUCUACAAGAUCUAG